UCAAUAUAUUUCUUUAUAAAUUAAUGGUAAUCAAUCAAAAUAGGCAUGCUUAUGUAAAUUUAAUCUAACCUUUCACUCCAAGUUAAAUUCAGUUGUGGGUCACCACCAGUUUCCUUAUUUAUUCAUGCAAUAUAAACAUGAUAAAAACUGAUGGGAUCGCAGACCAGUAAUACAAGGCGGCUAUCUUCUUAAUCUCUCUCUCAUGGAGGUGUUGAUACCUUCUCAAAGCGCGCCGUCCACCCCCAGGCGUUUGGGCGACUACUACUUCAGUGCUCCCACGAGCCCUUCUCAUAUCUCUCAAUUCUACAACGAUUUCGAUGGAAAUCUCCUCUCCCCUGCGGCGGUGCCGUUUGAUUGGGAAGAGAAGCCAGGCACGCCCAAAUCAUCAUCAUCACUCGUUGAUAAUGGAGAUGAUUUCGCGUUUGACGUGAUCAGCCAAGAUUGGGAUACGGCGUCUCUCUCCGCGGAGGAGCUCUUCGACGGCGGCGUCAUCAAGCCACUCAAGCCCCCGCCGCGGCUGAGCGGAACCGCAGCUUCUCCGGUGAGGAAACAGCGGUCGGGGGCUAGAAGGAUAAUCCAGGGCGCCUUCUCGCCGCGGCACACGAAGAGCCGCGCGGAGAUGGACCCUUUCGCCGCUGCGGAGAGAGGAAGAGAGAGAGGCGUAGCUCUGUCAAGGCCUCCCAGCCGAAGGGCGGCGCGUUCGUUUUCUCCGAUAAGAGAUCAUCCACAAUAUCUGUGGGGAGAAGAGGAAAAAGAUCAGCCGCCGCAAAUCGGAAAGAAUUCUUCAAACGCGGUUGUUUGUGCGGUGCCGAGCAAAGGGCAGAAGAAAUGGAGUCUCAAGGACUUUUUCCUGUUCCGGAGCGCGUCGGAGGGACGCGCCGCUGACAAAGACCCGCUGAAGAAGUACACGGCCGCGUUCAGGCGCUCGAGCUUCAGAGUUAUCGACAGCCCCGGUUCAGGACCCGGUUCGAGAAGAAAAGGACCGGUUUCGGCCCACGAGCUGCAUUACACUGUGAACCGGGCGGUUUCGGAGGAUUUGAAAAGGAAGACGUUUCUGCCGUACAAGCAAGGGAUUCUGGGCCGGUUGGCAUUCAACCCGGCGGUUCACGCCCUGGCUAAUGGCUUCGGUUUUUCUCGUAAUUGAAUUUAAGAGAAAUAGAAAAUGCUGUAAUUGGAGUUCAAUUUAAUUAUUUGUCUUGUUAUUUUUGGAUUUGUAUAGACGUCUUGAUAUGUAAAAUUUGCAUAUGAAGAAUGAAUAGACAUGUAUGAAUAAAACUUUGAUUUCUCGUGGUGUUCA